UCAGGUGGCGUUUGCUCUCUCAUCUCCCCACCCCACCCACCCAACAAAAUCGCUCCUUUUUUUUUUCGAUUAAUUCUUACAAACAAAGGAAGAAAAAAAAAACUGAAAAAGCUCCGAAAUUUCAGACGACAAGUCUGUCUGUAGGUGAUUCGAUGCUUCGGGCAGACAUGGACCGAAAAGCCCUAGCGAUUACGCCUCCACUCCUACUCCUUUCCUCCUUCUUCUUCCAUCUUCGAGGAGCAGCAUUUGGUUCAUCAAAGGCCUUUCAUUGUCUUCUGCUUCUCUCAUGUCUCUUGCUCUCCUCAGUCAACACACUACAUAACUUGGCUGACUAUGACUCUCUUGGUUCCAACUUUGCUGAAAGGUUUCAGAGCUUUAAUGGUGGAGGGAGUGUAGGGGUUCAGAAUGUUUGUCCUAGUUCAAACCUCCUCUUCUCUUUGCUUCCGGCUUUAGGAUCAGAGUAUCAUCAGUUUGAUCCUGUUGUCACCUUCUUUAGUCCUGGCAAAUCAUGGAGUAGUAGCUCUGCUCUGACGAGUAGCAACAAUCUAUCUAGCGUUGUGUGGCUGUCUCUAAAGCCUGUCCACAUCAUAGAGUUUCAUCCUUUUACUGGAUUCUCACGCAUAGGAGGAGGUACCAAACCUUUGUCCAAAGAGCUCUUGGGUAAGGAGAACACAAGGGAGUGGAGCAUCUCUGUCUCGGGAAAUGGUUUGAUGGAGCAGAAACGGUGUGAAGGGUUGUCUAUAGAACCAGGGGACUCAAUCAAGUUCCUCUUCUUCUACCGGACCGAACUCUCUUGUGCAUCUGGAGUUGCUGUUUUUGCAGUGCCUAUGAAGUCCACAGCGCCUGUUCUGAUGCUUAGUCUUUACAAAAAGCCAGUCUCUUGGUGGCUGCGGGCCAAGAAACUCUUGAUCGCGCUUCUUAUUGCCGUUGCGUUGCUUGUUCUGAUAUUCUGCUUCAACGAUCACUUCAUCGAAGAGAGAAACAACGUUGCGGUUAGAAAAGUUGAGAAGCCAUCUACAAUCACUAUCUCUCUUGAAAUGGAUACUCUGCUAAGAUCCAUAAGCAAAGAGACGUUGCAAGGGUCCAAUGAAGUGGUUUCCGAGAACAGUGUAAAGCCAGUUGCUUCUUCUUCUUCUUGCCAAGUAGAAGAAACAUCAGAACUCACUGUAAAGACUGCGAAAGAAAAGAAGAGAAGGCGUAACAAGAAGAAGAAGAAGAAAGGAGCAGUCAGCGAGUUAACAACAGAUGUGUCAAGCAGUCAGAGCGGAAACUCAACUCCAAGAUCUCCAUUGUCACCAGAACCGCCAGCUGUUGUUGUUACUCAAGCAGCGACGAAGCCUGCUACUACUCCAAAACCUGUGCUAUCACACUCAGCAACGUUUCCUGUUUCGGGUACCAAGUCAAUGGUGAUCAUACAAGGAAGCUCCCUGGCUCCAAAUGCGAGAGCUCCUGGAGCCAAGUCAAGAAGUGAAGUGAAAGACGAAGAAGAAGAGUAUAGGUAUUAUGAUAUAUGGGGAGAUCACUUGACGGGGCUUCAUUUGAUGGAUAGGUUUAAGGAAGUGAGAGAAGGUAGAAGCAGCAGCAGCAGCUCAUGUUUUGGUGAAGAAGACGACGAGUUUGUGAGUCUUUUUGUUAAGGGUCCUCAUCACAACUUGUUACCAGGCUGCUCUCUUGCCAAACCAAUGGGUCUAAUAAAGAAAUAAAAAAAAGAAGAUAUUAUUAUAUAAUAAUGCAAAGCCCAGUGGGCUUUAUGAUCAGGGAGCAUUUUUUGCAUGGAGUAGCAUGUUUCUCG